AUAAUAUAAUUGCAAUAUUGAGAAAAAAAAUUGCAAUUAACAAUUGUUUUCAAUAUUGUUCAGCUCUACUUGAUAUCCAUCUUAAAGUCUUACGAGGAGGUCUUAAGUGGCACUUGAAGUAGAAAAGACAUGACAAGUGCACCCUGGUUGUUCUACUAGUGCAGUGAAUGGUCAAACUAGUGAGGACAAAGCAUCCUAGUGCGUGGACCUCACGCUGGAUGUCAGUGAUAUUGCAAAAAAAAAAAAAAGUUCCAUCAAGGAGUGAAUUCCUCACUGGUAAAUGUAGCGAGUGAGUGACGCCAUGCAACUAGCAGCUUUCAAAUCCAAUACGUAGAUUCCCGAGCGUGAGGAAGCAUGUUUGGAUACUUUGGAAGUGCGAGCUGUGUGUGGUGUGAAAGCGUAUGAAAUGCCAUCAUGGAGGAUGGGGAGGCCUUCCCGACCCCACCCCUCCCAACUUUUUUUUUUUUUCCUUGGGAGGGAGCUUUUCUUAUUCAAAAGAGGCCCACAAAAGACUUCCAGUGAGCCUUGCCACAUCCCCAUCUGACUCGGGGGGCCAUUCAUCAGCCCCGCAAGCCUAUCAAUGACAUGUCCCCAUCAGGGCUCCUAUAAAAAUCAGCCCCCUUUCCCAUGAAACAUCAGCAAACAUUUUGACGGCUCUGCCUUUGCCCCCGCUGGAUUUCUCGAGGACCCUCCAAAACACCCCCCCCCCCUCCUCCGGACGGUUCCCCGCCAUUCCCCACCCACACGUACCCUCACUCGCUCUUCCUCUCUCUCUUUCUCUCUGCCGUCCACUCAGAGCCUCAGCAUCUCGUCUCCGACGGCCAGUGGUCGCGGAGACGGCGAGCCGGGCGAGGAUAGGGAGCAGGUGGAGGAGGCGGAGGAGGGAAAGUCGCGGCCGUUUUCUACUUGGAGGAGUGCUGGAUGGGAAGAAGAUGCACUGCGGGCUGCUGGAGGAGCCUGACAUGGAUUCCACAGAGAGCUGGAUCGAGCGAUGCCUCAACGAAAGCGAGAGCAAACGUUACUCCAGUCACAUGUCCCUGGGCAACAUGUCCACCGACGAACAUGAAGAAAAGGAAAAUAACAGGGCCUCCAAACCACAUUCGACACCUGCCACUCUGGAAUGGCUGGAGGAGAACUACGAGAUCGCAGAAGGCGUGUGCAUCCCGAGAAGCGCCCUCUACAUGCACUACCUCGACUUUAGCGAGAAGCACGAUACGCAGCCGGUCAACGCGGCCAGUUUCGGGAAGAUUAUUAGACAACAGUUUCCAGCACUAACCACCAGACGACUUGGCACGAGAGGGCAGUCCAAGUACCACUACUACGGCAUCGCGGUGAAGGAGACGUCGCAGUACUACGAUGUGAUGUAUUCCAAGAAGGGCGCGGCGUGGGUGAACGAAGCGGGCAAGAAGGAGGUGACCAAGCAGACAGUGGCGUAUUCACCGCGCUCCAAGCUGGGGACGCUGCUGCCAGAGUUCCCAAAUGUCAAAGACCUCCGUUUGCCUGCCAGCUUGCCAGAAGAGCGGGUGUCAACCUUCAUCAUGAUGUACAGAACACACUGCCAGAGGAUACUGGACACGGUCAUCCGGGCCAACUUUGACGAGGUCCAAAGCUUCCUGUUGCACUUUUGGCAAGGCAUGCCACCUCAUAUGCUGCCCGUGCUCAGCUCUCCAACCGUGGUCAACAUUGUCGGGGUGUGCGACUCCAUCCUCUACAAGGCCAUUUCCGGGGUACUCAUGCCCACCGUCCUCCAAGCGUUGCCUGACAGUUUGACGCAGGUGAUUCGGAAAUUUGCCAAACAAUUAGAAGAGUGGCUCAAAAUUGCCCUUCACGACCUCCCGGAGAACCUGAGGAACAUCAAAUUUGAGUUGUCCAGGAGGUUCUCGCAAAUUCUCAAACGGCAAACGUCCCUAAACCAUCUGUGUCAGGCGUCGCGCACCGUGAUAAAUAGCUCCGACAUCACCUUCCAAAUGUUGGAGGACUGGAGGAACGUGGACCUGAACAGCAUCACCAAGCAGACGCUGUACACCAUGGAGGACUCGCAGGAGGAGCAUCGGCAGCUCAUCAUACACUUGUACCAGGAGUUUGAUCGACUCUUGGAGGAGCAGUCGCCCAUCGAGGCCUACAUCGAAUGGCUGGAUUCCAUGGUGGACCGCUGUGUCGUCAAGGUGUCUGGGAAGAGGCCCGGCUGCUUGAAGAAGGUGGCCCAACAGUUCCUGUUGAUGUGGUCUUGCUUCGGGACCAGAGUCAUUCGUGAUAUGACGCUCCACAGCGCCCCGAGCUUUGGCUCUUUCCACUUGAUCCAUCUCAUGUUUGACGACUACGUCCUGUAUCUGCUGGAGUCGCUGCACUGCCAGGAAAGGGCCAAUGACCUCAUGAAGGCCAUGAAGAGCGAAGGCGGCACAGAGCGAGAUGAAGAGUUAACGCUGACGGAAAUAACCGCCACCUCCUCGCCAUCCCCGGGCGCCUACUCGCCCGCCCGCUCCGUCCACUCGGUCGCCGUGUCCUCGCCCGCGGCCGACACGUCGCCCGAGUUCCCGUCCAGCACGGGCGCCGUUCAGUCAUAUACGUGGUCCCUUACAUACACAGUGACAACAGCAGGAGGUUCAGCCCCCGACGCCAGCCAGCAACUGCCCUGCAUGAGAAGCAGCAGCAGCGCCGCCGGCACGCCGCCGUCGCCGCCCUCAUCCGCCCAUCGACUGCCCGUCUACGCCCACAGAGAGGAGCACGGAUACACGGGCAGCUACAACUACGGCAGCUACGCCAACCAGCAUCCUCACGCCAUCCAGAGUCAGUACCCGGGCCUCGGCCACGACACCUCCAUCCCGCCACCGCUCCACUAUUCCGCCUACCAUCGCUCAUCCGCACAGUACCAGUUCAACGGUCAAAUGUCCCGCAUGGAUCCGUGUCUGAUGAGCAGCACUCCCCGACUGCACCCUGCGCCCGUGACCCCCCGCUGGCCGGAUAUGUCCUCGGUCAACGGCUGCUACGGUAGCCCGCCUAUGCACUCGUCACGCUACGCCGCAUCGGGGGACGUGUACUCGCCUCUGGUCCCGCGCAGGAACUCUGAGUAUGAGCACUCGCAGCAUUUCCCCGGUUUCGCCUACAUCAACGGAGAGGCCGCCGCCGCCACCGGCUGGGCCAAGUAGCCUAUGUGAACACUUUCAAGGACGCUCAUCGUUCAGUCAAGGUGAGAGGACACUAACAGGACGAAAUUUUCAAUCAUGUGUGGAAUUGGUGCAGCGGUGUUUCUACAAUUCCUGCUUUUUGUUUGUCCGUCACUGGAAAUCUGUGAAAUCAUAUACAGUGUGAUGAAAAGGUAUCUGCACCCUUCCGGAUUUCUGAUUUAUUAUUAUUUUUUUUAAAUCACAGUUUUCAGUCCUGAAGAUGCUCGCAAGAUUGGAAUGUAACCUCACUUGUUAAUCCUUCUAUGAGGUUUACGCACAUUUCAACAUAUUAAAACAGAAAGUUUUUAAAUUAUUCCUUAGCGCCCGUUGUCACUCACGCAAACCAAAUGAGCGUACCUGCUAAGCUAACUUUCAUUAGCAACAAUACAUAUAAAAUCGUACAGCAGUGCUCAUGUAGUCUUUUUCACAUCGGGCCUCGUUAGGAUUUAUUAUUUAUUGAAAAUCGUUUGGAAACUGUGUUUUGUAUUUACUUCAGUUGUCUUUGUGAGAUAAUACAAUUGGAUUGAUUAUGUGAUCAAUUUUACAGAAAUCAAGAAGGGGGCAAAUAGGUUUUUACAGCACUAUAGAUUAUUAUCAUCCGACAAAAAGAACCUGCAGCAGAAUCAUGCAACGCUGCCGCCAAGCUGUGCCUUUGUUUUGAGGAAUGUACGCCUCUGCCAGUUCGCCCGCGAUGCCUGAAAUGAUGUUAGGGAUCGGCGCAAAGUUCUCAAGUUGAUGUGCAGCAGCACUGCCUUAACCUUCUCCAAAAAGAGUCCAAAACAUCAGAGAAAGCGACGUCCUACCAUCAGCGCCUGUGGCUCAAAAAUAUGUGUGUUCCGUGGCUUUUUCUGUGUGAUAAAUUCUAUAUAUAUGCUAUGUAUUUUCUGUAACUAUGUAACAUGGUGUAUCCUUUGCUUUUUAUGGUACUCGGUUCUUCUGUUUUGUAAGAUGAUUAGUACAUUAACCUUGGGUUGUGUGUUUUUAUAAUGCACUGAAACACGACUGAGGACCUAUUACCCUAUGGGUAUUUAUAAAAAGAAAAAAACAAGAUGGGAAAAUUAUUCAAAUGUACAGUAACAUUGUUCAAUGCAAGCACUGGAAAAGCAUUUGUGAUGAAUGUCGGAGGAUCGCAGUUGAAAGUGUUGCCACAUAAAGGAUUUCAUUAUGGAAAACUGC